AUGUCUAACUUGGCUGUCAUAUCCCCCCAGGACCCAGUGCUUCCCAUCGGCUCGAGCUUGACUGCGGUGUGCACCGUUAGUGCCGAGCUGGAAAUAACAGCUAGAUCCUUGUACUGGACGCUGAAUGGAAGACGCUUGGCUAGAAACACUUAUAGGGUCCUGAGCCCGACCGAAUCCAGCGUCACACUUCAUCAACUCAAUGGCUCCUUGCAGCGGUCAGGAGACAACCUGGUUUGCCACAGAAGUAACGGAGAAGUGUUGGCCGGAUCGUGUCUUUAUGUCGGCUCGCUCCCUGAGAAACCCGUCAACCUGACAUGCUGGUCACGAAACACCAAGGAUCUCAGCUGCAGAUGGUGUCCGGGAAGUCCAGGAGAGAGGUUCAUCAACACCAAAUACAGCCUCAAGUACAAACUAAAAUGGUACGGUAAAGAGAAAGAAUGUGAGGACUACACGGGACAGCCGUACACAUGCUACGUUCCUCGUGACCUUGCCAUUUUUACGCCAUAUGAAGUCUGGGUGGAGGCGUCCAAUCAGCUCGGCUCUGCCACUUCUGAUGUCAUCACCUUAGACAUUUUAGAUGUAG